CUUUUGGUUUUUUAUAUUUCCUAAAAGCAUUCUGUUUCUUUCUCCUUUUUUUUUUAUUGUAAAUGAAAUCUCUAUCAUUUAUUGCUUUUACCUUUAUAGCAGCAGUCAAUGCUGCUAAUGUCACAUUCAAGGUCAUUGCUCCUUCUGCCAAAAGCUCUGUUCAGGUCAACGUGAAUGGUUCACUGACAGAUCUUAAGGCUAAAGACCCCGAUGUUCCUCUAUACAUUGGCUCUGCCAAUUUGGAUGAUGGUCAAUCGUAUAAAUAUGUCGUUGACGGUACUGCCGAAUCAUUUGAUCGUAAAUUAAAUGGAACAUCAACAAAGAACGAGUUCUUUGAGCGUCCUAUUACUUAUGCUACUCACAUUCCCGAAUUACCUAGCAUUCUUCAGGAAGGUAGCUGGACCCGUGGUGCAACGGAUGAUCCUAUCUGGGAUAGCAACUAUAUUCCUACCAUCUUUGUUACCGGACAACAAGAGCAAAUGAAUGAUUUAAUUGAGAAUGUGCCCAAAACGACUUAUCAAGCAAAAAUUACUUUUAUUGGUCCAGACAAUGUCACCACAUUCGAGAACUGUACAUUUGGUCUCCAUAGACCAGGUCGUAAGCACAAUGAUGCUAAGCAAUCUUGGAUUUGGGCUCUUCCCGAAGGCCAAUUCAUGGCUAAGCGUAAUUGGUUCAAGAUUAGACAUAUGGAAGAAGACCCUACUCAGUUACGUGAAAAGCUCUAUGCUGAUAUUGCUCGUAAAAUGGGUACCUAUGCUAAUGAAGCCAACAUGAUUCGAUUCUUUAUCAAUAAGGAAGGCAUGGGAACCUUCAAUAUGCUUGAUGAUGUCGUUAUGUACUCAUACAUCAAUGCCAUGUUCUACAAUGGUAAUACUCCUGAACAGUUUGGUGGUCUUUAUGAUGGUGCCUCUGGUGCUUCCUUCCAAUAUCCUGGUAACAUGGACAGCUUCGUUCCUAAUGUUGAAUCUCCUCUUGAUCAAGAUGCCUUGAUACCCUUCGCCAAAUCAUUUGCUAGCGUUGAUUUCUCCAACGAUGAUCAAGUAAAGGCUAUCUCUGAAUACUUUGACUACGACCAAUUCCUUCGUUUCAUGGUUUUGGAAUUCCUUACUGCCGAUUGGGACGGCUACUGGCAAGAACAAACUAACGAUGGUGCCUAUAUUGAUGUUAAUGACAACAACAAGGUCUACUAUCUUGCUCAAGACUUUGAUGCCACCUUUGGUGUCAACCUCGAUCAACCUCGUGAAUUCGUAAACACACCUUACACCGAUUUCCCAACCAAGUUCCCCAAUGCUGUUGUCAUUAACAACCUCCUCAAGAACCCCUCAAUCAAAUCUACCUUUGAAAAGUACCUGACAACGACUGUUCAAGAAAUCUUUAACAAUGCCACUCUCGGCCCAUUUGUCCUCGCUCGCCACGAAUUCUACGCUCCUGAUCUCAAAUGGGACCGCUCUAUCAAGCAACGAUCUCCCGGUAAUAUCUUUGGUUGGACCUUUGAACAAACUUAUGACAACUUGUUUGAAGGUGUCAGUGCUUCUGGAGGAACUGGCGGUGGCGCUGAAUGGGGUCUUCUCGAAUGGGUCGCUGCCAAAGAAAGUGCUGUCAGAAAGGCUCUCAACUUGUCUCAGAAGGUAGCCAUUGCUGCUGCUUCUGAGCCUCCUGCUGCAAGCUCUGUUGCCAAGGCACCUGUCUCCUCUUCGCCUGUCGUAUCCUCUUCAUCAUCUCCUGUCCCUGGCAAGACUAACAAGGCACAGGCUGUCCCUGCCAACGUCAACAAAGAAGCAGCUAGUGUCACCUCAUCUGCACACAAGGUUGUGCCUCAAAUUCUUUCUGUUAUGAGCAUUGCUUGUGCUUUGUUUCUUUUUUAUUAGAUGAUAUCAUCCACUUUUAAUUAUCAAAUCUGUAAUAUAAUAAUAAAGUAGCUCAUAGUGUACUGAAAUGAUAGCACCAUUAUGAUCACCAC